AGGGGCCGGGCUCCAGCCCAGGGGUGGGGCCUGGCCACUGAAAAAACCCCCCGGGAUCCCCUCGUGCGCCCCACACACCUGAGACCCCCCCAGGGACCCCGAUGGCACCUGCACCGCCCCCCGGGCACCUCAGCCUGGCCCGCGGGGCCCAGCCCCCCCUGUACCAGGACGCUGUGGCUCGUCGGGCUCUGCGCCCCACCUUGCUCAGGAGCGUUUCGGUGCCGGCCGAGCCCCCCGCGCCCCCCGCCAUGGAUGUCACCUACGCCGUGGUCAACAAACCUCGCAGGGGGGGCGGGGCCGCGGGGAGAGGCCCCUCCCCCUUGGAUAGAGACCACGCCCCCUUUGUGAGAGACUCCGCCCCCUCGGGCACGUGCUCGCUGCCGGGCAGCCCCGUGCGCCGCCCCUCCCCCAGCCCCGCAGGCUCCCCCAGACCCACGGAUGGCGCCUAUGAGGUUGUGACCCCUCCCACAGACCCCGGCAGCAGCCCCUGCCUUGGGUUUAACUUCCGCAUUGGGAAGCCCAAGGGCCCGCGGGACCCCCCGGCCGAGUGGUCCCAGGUGUGAGGGGGGUCCAGAUCCCUGAGCUCCCCCAACAGAGGAGGGGCCACAGCAGAACCCGACCAAU